UGGGGGGGGGGGAACAAAACAAAUUAACAUCAACCACAAAGCGUGGACCAAUCUCUCUCGCUGUGUUCUUUACAGACAGACACACCGAGGAUGUCGGAUCCCGAUUUAUCGUCUCCGUUGAUCCAGCAUCAACCAGAGGUCGUCAUCUCAAUCCACGACGACGGAGAAGAAGAAGAAGACUAUAAUCCCUCCGCUGGUCAACAAAACCAAAACCAACAACCUCGUGUUCCACGUGGAUUUCAACAUGACCAUCUCAACCCUCCUUUCGGCUUCCUCAGCGACGCCGAGCCUCCGGUUCUAUGUCCCCCGACGACGGUGGAUCCGUUCCGGAACGAUACGCCGGGAGUCAGCGGACUCUACGAGGCGAUAAAGAUCGUGAUUUGCCUCCCGAUCGCGUUGCUUCGGCUUGUUAUCUUUGGUGCUAGCUUGGCUGUUGGUUACGUGGCGACGAAGCUGGCGCUGGCUGGGUGGAAAGAUAAGCAUAAUCCUAUGCCUUGUUGGAGGUGUAGGAUCAUGUGGGUUACUCGGAUCUGCACCAGAUGUAUCCUCUUCUCCUUUGGUUAUCAUUGGAUACGACGGAAAGGGAAACCUGCUCGCAGGGAUAUUGCUCCCAUUGUUGUGUCAAACCAUGUUUCUUUUAUUGAACCAAUCUUCUUCUUCUAUGAGCUAUCACCCACCAUUGUUGCAUCGGAGUCGCAUGAUUCACUCCCUUUUGUUGGAACUAUUAUCAGGGCAAUGCAGGUGAUAUAUGUUAAUAGAUUCUCACAAGAAUCAAGGAAGAACGCUGUGCAUGAAAUAAAGGUAUAGAGUUUAUGUGGCAUCUAUCGUAAUUUCUUAGAUUGAGUAACUUUAUUCAAACACAUGAUCUGUGAACCAUUUUGUGGUUGAA